AUGAGUGAUUUGUGCCGGAGACUCUUCUCCUCCUGCUGCGGCAGUCGCUCGAAAGUAGACUACGACAAUGUCCUCGCCGACUCGGAACGCGAGGCUGUGGCCGACCUCCUCAACUACCUCGAGAAUAGGGCGGAGACAGACUUCUUCUCGGGCGAGCCGCUCAAUGCGCUGAGCACACUGGUCUACAGCCAGAACAUCGACCUCCAGCGAAGCGCGAGCUUGACUUUUGCAGAGAUUACUGAGCGUGAUGUACGACCCGUCGAUCGCGCCACUCUCGAACCUAUACUCUUCCUCCUCGAGAGCCCAGAUAUUGAGGUCCAGCGCGCUGCUUCUGCUGCGCUUGGCAACCUCGCGGUCGAUGGCACCAACAAAGUCCUCAUCGUAUCACUCGGCGGCCUCGCUCCUCUCAUCCGCCAGAUGAACAGCCCGAAUGUUGAAGUGCAGUGCAACGCAGUCGGCUGCAUUACGAACCUGGCAACACACGAAGACAACAAAGCGCGCAUUGCGCGGUCAGGUGCACUGGCGCCUCUCACUCGGUUAGCGAAGAGCAAGGACAUGCGAGUACAACGGAACGCUACCGGCGCCCUGCUCAACAUGACUCACUCAGACGACAACCGAAAUCAACUGGUAUCAGCAGGCGCUAUCCCCGUGCUGGUGAGCCUUUUGAGCAGCGCAGACACCGACGUCCAAUACUACUGCACCACCGCUUUGAGCAACAUUGCGGUGGAUGCGACGAACAGAAAACGACUGGCGCAGACGGAGAGCAGGCUGGUGCAGAGCUUGGUGCACCUGAUGAAGGGCCAGGCACCGAAAGUACAGUGCCAGGCUGCACUCGCGCUGCGGAAUCUGGCGAGCGACGAAAAGUACCAAUUGGACAUCGUAAGAGCUGGAGGUCUGCCACCGUUGCUUGGGCUGCUCCAGUCAAGCUACCUACCGCUCAUACUUUCGGCUGUCGCCUGCAUCCGAAACAUCAGCAUCCACCCGAUGAACGAGUCGCCGAUCAUAGAAGCUGGCUUUCUAAAGCCUCUGGUGGAGCUGCUCGGGACUACUGACAACGAGGAGAUUCAGUGCCACGCCAUCUCCACCUUGCGCAACCUCGCCGCGUCUUCGGAUAAGAACAAACAGCUCGUCUUGGAGGCCGGAGCAGUGCAGAAGUGCAAAGAGCUCGUUCUCAACGUACCGCUGAGCGUGCAGUCCGAGAUGACGGCAGCGAUCGCAGUGCUCGCGCUCUCGGACGAGCUGAAACCGCACCUGCUGAACCUCGGCGUCUUCGACGUCCUCAUCCCCCUGACCGAGAGCGAGAGCAUAGAAGUGCAAGGAAACAGCGCCGCUGCGCUCGGCAACCUGAGCAGUAAAGUCGGCGACUACACCCUCUUCCUCUCCUCCUGGUCUCAACCCUCGGGCGGUAUCCAUGGCUACCUCGCCCGCUUCCUCAUCUCCGACGACCCCACCUUCCAGCACAUCGCCAUCUGGACGCUCCUCCAACUCCUCGAGUCCGCGGACUCGCGACUGAUCGAAACCAUCAACACCGCCGACGACGUCAUAGGCGCGGUCAAGAGGAUUUCGGAACGCGUGGUCGAGGGCGAGGAUGAAGGCGAAGAUGGCGAGGAUGGAGAAGGCGAAGUCGUGGCGUUGGCGAAGCGGUGUUUGGAGAUUGCGCAGGGCGGGGGUGAGAAGGCGGCAGCGGGGAGUUUGGGGAGUCAGAGCAGUAGGACUUAG